CAACGAAGAAGUAGCUUCCUGCUUCUCUCAGAGUGUGGAGUUCAGACUGGAUAGUAGACCGUCCGAUCCUCUCCAGAUUAAAUAAUUCAUCUCUAACUCUCAGACAAUUUAAAGGGACCAAGCGGAGCUCUCUGCCAGUGGAUGUUUGUUCCAUGAGAAUUCCUGAAGGCCUUCCAGUGGGAUGACAUUUUCCUGGUGUUGUAGAGACAUUGACUUUUCUGUGCAGAGCAGACGCCAUCUUCUCCCCCCUCUCUCGUUGCGUGCAUGUUUGUGUGUCGUCUCUCUCUGCGUCUAUGUGAGUCUGUUUCUCUGAGGUAGUGUAUGUGACAGUGGGUGUGGCCGACCCCCCCUCCUCAGCCCGCCAUGUCCCCGGUUCCCUCCACGGUUCAGUCGAGUCCUUGGGUGUGUCUUCACCUCCUCGGCCUGCUCCUCCUCCUCUCUCACUCCUCCUCCACGGUGACCUCGAGGAAGGACCCUGAUCCUGGCAACCUCCUGGCUCCCCCAAACACAAUACAAGGUGAUCAUGUUGAUGAUCAUGAUCAUGUUGAGACCAUGUCUCUGCCACAGAGCAGUCGGAACUCCAACCAGAAUUCACCAGGCGACACUGUAGCAUCCUUAACGCCACCCAAACAGGCAAUGGAAGGAAUAGCGUUAUCCAACACGUCAACCAAACAACAGCCAGCAGCACCAGACCCUCCGCCUACUGAACAGGUUCAUGUGACCACGAAGGGAAAGAUUGACUCAACCAGCAAUGAAACGUCAAAAACACUGACGACAUCGACACCGACAACAACAACGAAACCAACAACGAAACCGACACCGACAACAACAACGAAACCGACGGCACCAACAACAACAACGAAACCAACAACGACACCGACAACAACAACGAAACCGACAACAACACCAACACCGACACCAACACCGACACCAACAACGACACCAACAACGACACUGACAACACAGACGGCGUCUACAAUGUCAUCUCCACCUACAAACGUCACAACAUUUGCUCCAGCACCUUCAGCUACAAAACCAGUGACACUAUCAUCCCCACCACAAACAACAGCAGCUCAGCCUCAAACGACGAAGACGACCUCUGCAGCAAAUUCAACACCCUCGCCACCAAUGACACCUCCAGCAACAUCUUCUACAACCUCGACAACUUCACCAACGCCAACAGCAAAAACCUCUAAAAGCACAACAUCUGCAGCAACACCUGGCCCUAAAGCAACCACCGGUUCAGUCGCCAUGCCACAGCCAAACUCCUCAAGCACCAGGACACCACAGAUCCAGAAGACCUCGCCACCCACAGGACCGGCUACCGUCACUCCAACCAGCCAUCGUGACGAGGGAAUGCGGCAAGGGAACGGCGUUGUAGAUGUAGCAGGAUCGGCUCUGACCAGAAAGCUGGUGGAUACGGCGUCUUUGCUCGCCGUCCUGCUCUUUGGCUUGCUCUUCUUCCUGGUGACGGUGGCGGUUUUUGUUACGCAAGCCUACGAGAGCUACAGGAGGAAGGACUACACACAGGUGGACUACCUGAUCAACGGCAUGUACACUGACUCUGGGGUGUGAGGGAGGAAGCACAACAGGAAGGGAUUGUUUAUCUGUCCUUGGUUUCAAAGAACAAGGAAUGGAGGGUUGACUGUUUGGUGCCACGGUGCUGAUCCUGUGCCUCUGAUUGGUCAGCUUACUCCUGAUGAACUCUCUAACAGCUCACUUUGACACUUUGUUUUUUUCCUUUAAAGGGUUGAAUGUUAGAGUUUAACUUUAUCGUGCCAUAAAUGUGUCCUAACUGCAAAAGAGCAUUAAUGAUGGAUGGGGAACAGCGUGUCCUCACAGCACGCCAUGCAGAAAAGUUGGCGACUCUAUAUUAUAGUCCCGCUAAGUGUCCUAACAGCACGCCAUGCAAACAGGAAUCGGCGACUCUAUAUUUUAGUCCUGCUAAGCGUCCUAACAGCUCUUUAGCAAUGAAGCCCAAUGAAACACUGAGCAGCAACCACAAGGGUUUAAAAAGUAAAAUUAACAUCUCAAGAAGCUCAAAAUGAAUCUGAAUCUGUGACACUUUCAUAAAACUUAGGACAGGGACAUGGAAGGACUGGGAAAAUUGUGGAACAUUCCAGAGGUAGGAAGUUAAUUGGUGAUUAGUUGUCAAGCACAUUUCAACAAAACAAGGCUAAGACACAUUCGACAGAAGUUACAACAGCAUGGCUUCACAGUGAAAGAGGCCUAGACUGGCCUACAUGCAACAGACAAGUGUGGAAUGUUUUAUGGGCUGUAAAGCAUGACAUCAUUAAAGCCAGAGGACGGAAUGUUAGUGAAGCUGCGUUUCCCUCGCUCCUCAUCAGCUCCGCCCACUUUUCUGAAAGGACAGCCAGCAUCAGGGGGAGAUUGGUAGAAAAUCUCAAAUUUAGUCCAGCAGUUCCACAAUCUCUGAACCGUUUAAACCCAUCAGUCUGUUCCUAUUGGCCGUUCUGUUGCCAUGCUGAAAUGGACAGGAACAGUGGACACUGGCGAGGUUUUUGGAGUGUCCCAUAGGAGGAUUUUCUCAAUUUUCCCUCUUUCCUCUCAUAAAGCUGUAAGCUUGUUUGACAAAGUGAAGACAGGGGUGCAAAAAUAUUCAGCUCAACAUUGUCUGAGUUUUAACAACACAAAAACACGUACUUCUGUUUUUCCACCUUCAGAAUAAAAGCGCUACAUUUCCAGGUGAGAACUUAAAUUCACAAGGCAGAGACUUAAAUCUCUGACAGAUGCAGACAGUUUGGAUAUCUGUUAGGACACGCUGUUACUGGUCUGUUUCUAACACUGACACUUCCUCUGAAUGUUCAGAGUUGGACUUCUUUUGCUCGUGCCAAAUCAAGAGAACCAUCCUGAGUGUCUGAGCUCCCUCAGGUCAGAUCUCUGCCUACAAAUCCACAUUAAAAAUCCUCCUGUUCUAUCUGUAGUCAGUGACUUCUAAAUCAGCCUCAGUGAUCAAUCUUUGACUGAUUACAGGAUUAAAACCGUCAUACAGACAUUUCAGGUGAAUUAUACUAAACUCCUGCUUCCAAAAAUAGCAUCAGCCCACCCCUGGAAAGUUCUGAUCUUCCAGCCCAAAGAGCUCGAUGUGAUCGAGCUUCUUUGAAAUCGGAGUAAAUCUCCAUGUGGAAAAAAAUCCCGGGUCCAUAGAAGUACAAAGAUUUCCCAGAAACAUUUCACUCCAUCGUCCUGCCAGCUGAAAACUCUGGAAGAUGUAUUUUCAUCUUUCUGCAGAAAGUUUCUCCAGAUGUCGUUGAAGGGCCAGAAAACACACGAACCCCAACUAGAGAGAGAGUGUCGAGUCUACACGUUACUAAGUUUAUCUCAGUCAGAGCGUUUAUGUGCAGAAAGAAAAACUCAGUUAUCGUGUUAGUAUGAUUAGAACUGGACCUUUAAACUGUAAAACUAAAUCACGUUUUCCAAAGUCAGACUAACACAGACAGAUAAAGAUUCACUCUCUACGGUUUUCUCAACGCUUUCCACCAAUCCAGUUCCAGGGCUGGUUCAGAGCCCGCACUAAACGAGAUGAAAUCAUCAAGGUAUGGAAAGACUGGGAAACUGUGGAACAUUCCAGAACAUUCCACUGGUAGGAACGUUAAUUUGAAAUUGGUCAUCGAGAAUAUUUCAGCAAAACAGGACCAAGACACAUUCCGCCUAAGUUACAACAGCAUGGCUUCACAGUGAAAGAGGGCGGGGCCUAGACUGGCCUACAUGCAAAAGGCAAGAGUGGAAUGUUUCAUAGACUUUAUAGGAUGACCUCAUCUUUUAAAGUCAAGGUUGGAAUGUUUCAUAUGUUUUAUAGGAUGACCUCAUCUUUUAAAGUCAAGGGUGGAAUGUUUCAUAGGUUUUAUAGGAUGACCUCAUCUUUUAAAGUCAAGGGUGGAAUGUUUCAUAGACUUUAUAGGAUGACCUCAUCUUUUAAAGUCAAGGUUGGAAUGUUUCAUAGGUUUUAUAGGAUGACCUCAUCUUUUAAAGUCAAGGUUGGAAUGUUUCAUAGGUUUUAUAGGAUGACCUCAUCUUUUAAAGUCAAGGUUGGAAUGUUUCAUAGACUUUAUAGGAUGACCUCAUCUUUUAAAGUCAAGGUUGGAAUGUUUCAUAGGUUUUAUAGGAUGACCUCAUCUUUUAAAGUCAAGGUUGGAAUGCUUUAUGGGUUUUUUAGGAUGACCUCGUCUUUAAUGUCAAGGGUCGAAUGUUUCAUAGACUUUAGAGGAUGACCUCAUCUUUUAAAGUCAAGGUUGGAAUGUUUCAUAGGUUUUAUAGGAUGACCUCGUCUUUAAUGUCAAGCGUGGAAUGUUUCAUAGGUUUUAUAGGAUGACCUCAUCUUUAAAAGUCAAGGUUGGAAUGUUUUAUAGACUUUAUAGGAUGACCUCAUCUUUUAAAGUCAAGGUUGGAAUGUUUCAUAGGCUUUAUAGGAUGAACUCGUCUUUAAUGUCAAGGGUGGAAUGUUUCAUAGGCUUUAUAGGAUGACCUUGUCUUUAAUGGCAAGGGUGGAAUGUUUCAUAGGCUUUAUAGGAUGACCUCGUCUUUAAUGGCAAGGGUGGAAUGUUUCAUAGACUUUAUAGGAUGACCUCAUCUUUUAAAGUCAAGGUUGGAAUGUUUCAUAGGCUUUAUAGAAUGACCUCGUCUUUAAUGUCAAGGGUGGAAUGUUUCAUAGGCUUUAUAGAAUGACCUCGUCUUUAAUGUCAAGGGUGGAAUGUUUCAUAGGCUUUAUAGGAUGACCUUGUCUUUAAUGGCAAGGGUGGAAUGUUUCAUA